AUGAUAGGAUCAUUAUUUAAAUUAAAAUAUGUUGAUCAUGAUUCAAAAGAACAAAUUUGGAUAAUAAAAUUAGAAUUAUGUAGUGAACAAGAUUAUCAAUUGAAAGAUGUUUAUAGAUCAAUGAAAGAACAAGUAGACAAAAGUAUAAAUCUAUUUGAACCAGGUAACGCUUUAUUUCGAAUGGGUGAAUUAGAUAAAGCUGAAAAAUACUAUCAAAAAUUAUUAAGAGAGGGUCCACCAGCCCAUCGAGAAUUCAUGCCACAUGAAAAAUUUUAG